AUGCGAGAUCGUCAUGAAGACUUCCAACUCGCAGAAGUGGAUGAAAUCCUACGAUACCCAGACCCGUCCAAAAUUAUGUCGGAACCUCCGAUCUUGCCUAAGGGAGGCGAAGUAUACCUUUACCGACCCAAGGCGCUGGACAGACGAGUGAGGGACCAAUAUUGGUGGGUCAAUCGUGGAAACAAUUUUCACUCGAAGGGCCAGAAACGACCAACCAUUAUGAAAACCUACUUCAGCCUCAAAGACAGAAAUGGAGGACGAAAGAGCGAUUGUUUAAACGGGUUUCGUCGUCAUCUCUAUCGCUUGGCUGAUGCAAAAGAUGAUGAAGCUAUCAUAUUUAUUCAUUAUCUGGGGGACGAGACUUUACACAAGCCUAUGCCUCAUGGAAAUACCAAACUUUCCUGGCAUAAUCAACCGGCAGCUUCGUCCAGGAAUUCUACUGUCAAAACAUGCGAGAAAAUUCCCAAUUAUCAUGAUUUCCCAGCAACUGGACGAUACCAAAAUAAUAAAGUAAUGACUAGAAACGCAAAUAAUACCGGCAGUAAGCGGAGCUCAAUUCCUGCUAAUGUCAGGACUCCAUCGAACCUUAUCAAACCUGGAGUCUCCUCCGUGAGUGACAAAGUCCGACAAACCCUGACGAACAAUCGGAAGAGAUCGGCCCCUGGUUGGAACACAAACAAAACAGAAACCAACAAAGUGAUCAAUAGUCAUCAGUUCUUGCACAACAACUCAAGCCCCUCUGCUAAAAUGGCCAAAGUCACAAUAAAUCUAACAGAAAAUGAGCAACAAAUGCCACUGUCAAGGACUAAUCAGCAUGAUAUCCAGCCACCAACUCAGGCAUAUAUUCGUCAAUCUAUAUCAAAUCCUGCUGUGUCCCGAAAAAUGAAAUUGUCUACUCCUUUUCAUGAAACAACAGGUAAAACCAGUAAGUUUGAUAAAAAACCAAAAUUCUUUGCAACUUUCUGCAAGAACACAAGAGCAGCCAAUGAAGAUGAGGCAUUUGACUAA